UAUUAAAUAGUUUCAGAUUCAGAAUGUCCCUGGAGUUCAACGAUGCGUUAUGCCGAGAGCGGUUGAAAGUUUUCUAUAAUUACUGGCGGACUUCUGAGAUGAAAUCGUGCGAUGCCAUUGCAGUAGCUGUCGGAACUGGAGAUGACCUAGUAUACUGUAAAUCGAAAUCAAUGCAAGUCUGGCUCUUUGGGUACGAAAUCACGGACACUCUAGUUGUAUUUGCGCGUGACAAACUGUUUGUCUUGACCGGGAAGAAAAAAGUUGAAUUCUUAAGUCCUCUGCAAUCGAAUGAAGAUGAAAACCUGCCACAAGUUGAAAUGAUAGUACGAGAAAAAGGGGACAACAAAGUGCAUUUUGAUAAAAUAUUCGGGGCUCUUGAAAACGGUAGUAAAAAGCAACUGGGAACGUUUGUAAAGGAUACAUUUGAUAGCGAGUUUAUAAAAUCAUGGGACAAGGCGCUUAACGCGGCGAAUUUUGGAAAAGUGGACGUGUCAAAAGAGACCGCAAGUUUGCUGGCAGCCAAAGAUGAAAAAGGACUGGAACUGAUGAAAAAAUCCAGCGAACUUACGUCAACUUUCUUCACUAAAUACAUAAAAGAUCAGCUAGUUGUUCUCAUUGAUAAAGAUAGGAAAAUUAAGCACUCAAAAUUUUCCGAGCAGAUCGAGCAAGCUAGCGAAGACAAGAAGUAUUUGCAAGGCUAUGAUCCAUCUGAAGUUGACUCAUGUUUUCCGCCUAUUAUUCAAAGUGGAGGCAAAUACCAGCUCAAGUUCAGCGCUGAGAGCGAUGAUCGAAAUUUAGCCUAUAAUGUCAUAACAAUUCAAUGUGGUUUGAGGCUUUUAAGCCACUGUUCUUGCUUGGUCCGGACGUUUAUGGUGAACCCGUCGAAAGAACAAACUGACAUUUACGAAUUAUGCUGCGAUGCAUUAGAUUUGGCAAUUUCAUCUCUGAUUCCCGGGGCAAAGUUUUCUGAUAUUUGCAGUAAAACAGUUGAUUUUGUUAAAGGAAAAAAACCAGAGCUUUCACCGAAACUUACAAAAAAUUUUGGUUUCGUAACUGGAAUUGAAUUUAGAGAAGGUCAACUUGUAUUGAACUCUAAAAGUGAAGCUAGAGUGUCUAAAGGAAUGACUCUGGUGGUUUGCGUGGGUUUCGAGAAUCUGAAGAACCGAGAGGCGAAAAACAGCACAGACAGUGUAUACGCAAUUUUCGUCGGAGAUACAGUCAGAGUUGUGGAUGAAAAAGGCGCUCAGGUGCUGACAACCGCUAAGAGGAAGGCUAAAAAUGUGUCAAUACAUCUCAGAGAUGACGACGACGAAGAGGAUGACGAUGAUAAAAACAAAGUCAAUGAAGUACUUGGAACCAGGAAGGCCAAAGUUGCUGUUUUGCAGAGCAGAUUGAGACAAGAUGAUAAAGCGGAAGAGAAACGAAAAGAAAGGCAACGCGAGAUUUCUCGACAACUGAACGACCAAGCGAAACGAAGGUUACUUGCACAGAAAGCCGACAAAAAAGAUGAUGGACAAUCGCGGAAAAAGCAAAGCUCAUAUAAGAGUGUAUCUAACAUGCCAUUUUCUGAACCUGAGGUUCGAACUAUGAAAUUACACGUUGACCGAAAAACUGAAAGCUUGAUUCUUCCAAUACAGGGAAUCGCGACUCCAUUUCACAUCUCGACAAUCAAGAACAUUAGUUCAGCAGUUGAGGGCGAAUACACGUACCUCAGAAUAAAUUUUUUCCACCCUACAGGGUUUCUGACAAAUCCUACUCAAGGAGACCUCGAGAGCUACUUCAUCAAGGAAAUCAACUACAGAGCUUCGAAUAUCAAGAAAGCUGGAGAAUCGAUGGCUCCGAGUUCGAAUCUGAACAACGCGUUCCGACUUAUCAAGGACGUGCAGAAAAGAUUCAAAGCUCGAGAAGCAGAGGAAAAAGAGAAAGAGGGAAUCAUUAAGCAGCAGGACUUGGUUAUAAACCCUACCAAAGGCAACCCGAAGUUGAAAGAUCUCUACUGUCGUCCUACUCUUUCGUCAAAAAAGUUGCAAGGGUCGCUAGAAUCGCACACUAAUGGAUUCAGAUAUACAAGUAUGAACGGCGAUAAAGUCGACAUUCUGUUCAGCAACAUAAAAAUUGCGAUAUUUCAACCAUGUGAUAAGGAAAUGAUAAUUGCGUUGCAUUUUCAUCUCAAAAACGCCUUGAUGAUCGGAAAGAAGAAACAUUUUGACUUGCAAUUUUUCACAGAAGUGGGAGAGAUUACAACAGAUCUGGGAAAGAGUUUUACUCGAGACAGGGACGAUGUAUACGAAGAACAGCAGGAGCGAGUUCUGAGGCAUAAAUUAAAGAGUGCUUUCAAGAGUUUCAUCGACCGAGUUGAGCAAGCGACCAAAAGCCAGGUAGAGUUCGAGGUGCCUUUCCGAGAGCUCGGGUUUUUCGGAGUGCCCCACCGGUCCACGUGUUUCUUGCAACCGACUAGCAGUGCGCUCUGUAAUGUCGUUGAGUGGCCGACAUUUGUAGUAGUUUUGGAAGAAGUUGAACUGGUUCAUUUUGAAAGAGUUCAGUUCACAUUGAAACACUUUGAUAUGGUGUUCAUUUUCAAAGAUUAUUUCAAGAAACCCGCAAUGAUCUCUUCGAUUCCGAUGGCAUCUAUCGACGCAAUCAAAGACUGGCUGAACUCAGUCGACAUUAAGUACACAGAAGGCUUGCAGUCUUUGAACUGGACCAAGAUUAUGAAAACCAUAACAGACAACCCCGAAGCGUUCUUUGCUGACGGAGGCUGGGAGUUUCUGGAUCCCCAGGAAGAGGAAUUGGACCAGGACGAUGACAGCGAAGUUGAGGAUGAAACCUUCAAAGUCAGCGGCGACGAGGCAGAGAUGGAGGAGGAGAGCAGUGAUGAGUCUGGCUCAGAUUACUCCGGAGAGGAGGACGAGGACGAUGGCGGCAGUGAGGAGCUAGGAAGCGACGAGUCCAGUGGAAAAGACUGGAGUGAUUUGGAGGAAGAGGCGGCGAAGGAGGACAAGGAGCGAAUGAGAGAGGAGGUGGAGUAUGGUCAGAAGGGAGGUCAGGUCCCCAUGCACAAGCCCUCCUCAUCCAGUAAACACAAGGUAUCAUCCGGCUCAUCACACAGGAACAGCAAGCAUGCCCCUCCCUCCAAGAAGGCCAGGAGGUUCUAACCGGGCUAAAAAGAACAGGAUGUUCUGAGCAGAAGAGUCAGCACAGCUUGGAAUUGGAAUCUUCUGGAUUCAUAACUUUUUUUGAAACUGCAACACACUAACAAAACAAUCAGUAGUCUGUUAUUAUUUCGAGCAUAGUUACUCUUAAAGACUUGAUUUGUUCUAGUUUUUUUUUAUGAAAGCUGAACUGAACGCGAUGAAUAUCUACAAAAUUGAUUUUUUACUGUAA